GAGCGGCGUGCAGGGGCCGCCCCCGCGCGCCGCAGUCCCGGCCAGAGCGUCUCGGCCGUGGCCGUGGCCCUUACCGUUGCCUGCGGGCGGCUCUGGCGGCGGCGGCGGCUGCCCGGGCUCGCGGAGGUCAGCGGGCCGCCCCUCGCCUGUGGCCGCGUAGAGCAGCCCCGCACGGGGACAAGGAGGCGAGACGGCGCGGCGGAGGCGGCGGCUUGAGCCCGGUCCCCCUCCUCCUCGCCUCCAGCCCCGGGGCGACUGCGGACUCCGGGCAGCCCCCGGGCGGCGGCCGAGCGGACGGCGGGGGAUGGCGAGAUAGCGGCGCGGGAGCGGCCCGCUGACUGCAUUGCGCGGGUGAUGGACUUUACCUUGUGUUUGACACAACGAUCCCGGAUGGUGGACAGCAAAAGAAUGAGGAUGACUUCAAAUUUCCAGUGGCCCUUGUUAACAUUUAUUCUUCUCUAUUUAAUGAAUCAAGUAAAUAGCCAGAAAAAGGGGGCUCCUCACGAUCUGAAGUGUAUAACUAACAAUUUACAAGUGUGGGACUGUUCUUGGAAAGCACCUUCUGGAGCAGGCCAUGGUACUUUCUAUGAAGUUUGCAUUGAAAAUGGAUCCUAUUCUUGUUAUCCAUCAGAGAAAACAAAUAUCAAAAUCCCAGCUCUUUCACCUGGUGAUCAUGAAGUAGUGAUAAGCCCUCUACGUGAUUUUGGAAGUUCUAUAAGUAAAUUCAUACUCAGUGAAAAAAAUGUUUCCUUAAUUCCAGACACUCCAGAGAUCUUGAAUUUGUCUGCUGAUUUCCCAACUUCUACGUUACACCUGAAAUGGAGUGACAGGGGUUCUGUUCUUCCACGUCAUUCAAAUGUCAUCUGGGAAAUUAAAAUUCUACGUAAAAAGAAUAUGGAAAUAGUAAAAUCAGUCACCCAUAACACCACUCUGAAUGGUAAAGAUAUAGUUCAUCACUGGAGUUGGACCUCAGACAUGCCCUUGGAGUGUGCCACUCAUUAUGUGGGAAUUAGAUGCUACAUUGAUGAAACUCAUUUCUCUGGUCACAAAGAGUGGAGUGACUGGAGCCUGCUGAAGAACAUUUCUUGGUCUCCUGAUUCUCAGACUAAGGUUUUUCCUCAAGACAAAGUAAUACUUGUAGGCUCAGAUAUAAUAGUCUGUUGCGUGACUCGAGAUAAUGUAUCAUCAGCACAGAUUGGCCUAACGAAGUGUCCCCUUAUCCAUCUUGAUGGGAAAAAUGUUGCAAUCCAGAUCCAUAAUAUUUCUGUUUCUGCAAGUAGUGGAACAAAUGUGGUUUUCACAACAGAAGAUAACAUAUAUGGAACAGUUCUUUUUGCAGGAUAUCCACCUGAUAUUCCUCAAAAACUGAAUUGUGAGACAUAUGAUUUGAAAGAGAUCGUAUGUUCUUGGAAUCCAGGAAGACCGACAGCAUUGGUGGGCCCACGAGUUACUAGUUAUACUUUAUUUGAAAGUUUUUCAGGAAAAAAUGUUAGAUUUAAAAGAACUGAAGCGUCCACAAAUGAAAGCCAUCAGUUAUUCUUUCAAAUGCUUCCAAAUCAAGAAAUAUAUAAUUUUACUUUGAAUGCUCACAAUCCUCUGGGUCAAUCCGAAUCAAUGAUUUUAGUUAACAUUACUGAAAAAGUUUAUCCCCAUAGUCCUACAUCAGUCAAAGUGAAGGAUGUUAAUUCAACAGCUGUUACACUUUCCUGGCGUUUACCAGGCAACUUUGCAAAGAUUAAAUUUUUAUGUCAAAUUGAAAUUAAUAAAACGAAUUCAAUACAAGAAUUGCGGAACGUCACAAUCAAAGGAGUAGAAAAUUCAAGUUAUCUCGUUGCUGUGGACAAGUUAAAUCCAUAUACUAUAUAUACUUUUCGGAUUCGUUGUUCUACUGAAACUUUCUGGAAAUGGAGCAAAUGGAGCAAUGAAAAACAAUAUUUAACCACAGAAGCUAUUCCUUCAAAGGGACCAGAUACUUGGAGAGAGUGGAGUUCUGAUGGAAAAAAUUUAAUAAUCUAUUGGAAGCCUUUACCUGUUAAUGAAGCUAAUGGAAAAAUACUUUCCUAUAAUGUAUCUUGUUCGUCAGAUGAGGAAACACAGUCCCUCUCUGAGAUUCCUGAUCCUCAGCACAAGGCAGAACUACAACUUGAUAAAAAUGACUACAUCAUCAGUGUGGUGGCAAAAAACUCUGUUGGCUCAUCACCACCUUCAAAAAUAGCUAGUAUGGAAAUUCCAAAUGAUGAUCUCAAAAUAGAGCAGGCUGUUGGAAUGGGAAAUGGGAUUCCCCUCACUUGGAAUUACGACCCCAACAUGACUUGCGACUAUGUUAUUAAAUGGUGCAACUCAUCUCGGUCGGAGCCCUGCCUUAUGGACUGGAAAAAAGUCCCUUCAAACAGCACUGCAACUGUCAUAGAAUCUGAUCAGUUUCGACCGGGUGUAAGAUACCAUUUUUUCCUGUAUGGGUGCAGAAAUCAAGGAUAUCAGUUGUUACGUUCUAUAAUUGGAUAUAUAGAAGAAUUGGCUCCCAUUGUUGCGCCAAAUUUUACUGUUGAGGACACAUCUGCAGAUUCGAUCUUGGUAAAAUGGGAAGAUAUCCCCGUGGAGGAGCUCAGAGGCUUUUUAAGAGGAUAUUUGUUUUACUUUGAAAAAGGAGAGAGAGACACAUCUAAGAUGAGGAGUUUGGAAUCAGGUCGUUCCGACGUAAAGGUUAAGAAUAUUACUGACAUAUCCCAGAAAACACUGAGAAUUGCCGAUCUUCAAGGUAAAACAAGUUACCAUCUGGUCUUGCGAGCCUAUACGGACGGUGGGAUGGGCCCAGAGAAGAGUAUGUUUGUGGUGACAAAGGAGAAUUCUGUGGGAUUAAUUAUUGCCAUUCUCAUCCCAGUGGCAGUGGCCAUCAUUGUUGGGGUGGUAACAAGUAUCCUUUGCUACCGGAAACGAGAAUGGAUUAAAGAAACCUUCUACCCCGAUAUUCCAAAUCCAGAAAAUUGUAAAGCGUUACAGUUUCAAAAGAGUGUUUGUCAGGGAAACAGUACUCUUAAAACGUUGGAAAUGAAUCCUUGUACCCCAAAUAAUGUCGAGGUUCUGGAAACUCGGUCAAUAGUCCCUAAAAUAGAAGAUACAGAGAUAAUUUCUCCAGUAGCUGAGCAUCUGGAAGACAGCUCUGAUGCAGAACCUGAAAACCACGUGGUCGUGUCCUAUUGCCCACCAGUCAUUGAGGAGGAAAUAGCAAACCCAGGAUUGGAUGAAGGUGGGGGUACCUCACAAGUCAUUUACAUUGACAUCCAGUCCAUGUAUCAGCCUCAAGCAAAACCAGAGGAAGAACAAGAAAAUGACGCUGUAGGGGGGGCCGGCUAUAAGCCACAAAUGCACCUCCCUGUUACUUCUACUGUAGAAGAUCUAGCUGCAGAUGACGACCUGGAGAAAACUGCAGGUUACAGACCUCAGGCAAAUGUAAAUACUUGGAACUUAGUAUCUCCAGACUCUCCCAGAUCCACAGACAGCAACAGUGAAAUUGUCUCCUUUGGAAGUCCAUGCUCCAUUAACUCCCGACAGUUUUUGAUUCCUCCUAAAGAUGAAGACUCUCCCAAAUCUAAUGGAGGAGGGUGGUCCUUUACAAACUUUUUUCAGAACAAACCAAAUGAUUAACCAUGUCACCCUGUCACUUCAGUCUGCCAUCUCAAUAAGCUCUAGUUGCUAGUGUUGCCGCAUCAGCACUGGGUGUCUGGAGGGAUCCUGUGAAGUAUUGUUGGGGGUUGGACUUCACUACGUGCAAGUUACGCUGAAAGUGUUAAUGUGCUUUUAAUGUAGUCUAAGAGCCAAAGUGUAGUCACUCAGAAAUUCCAGCCACACAACUCAAGACUCGGAGCUAUUUGUGAUUCGAGCCAAAAAAUUUCUCACGUGCUCUACCUUCAAGAAGCGUUUCAAGGCUAAUACUGUCUAGUCCAUACAUGCAAAACAAAUCCCGCAGCAACCGUAUUCUGUUAGCCUGUGGUUUAUGGUUUUCUCAUAUGUAUACUUUCAGGAAUUGCAAGCAGAUUUGCAGGCAAGGGAGACAAAUGUCAAAGUAACAGCUGAUGUGUAUUUGCCUGACAUUCGCUCCAUCCUAGAUGAAAACCAAGCACAGAUUUCAAAACUUCACAUUAUUCUCUAUCUACAGCAUUUACAAAAAUUAAUAUAAUUUUUAAUGUAGCGACUUCUAUUUAGUGUUUUGUUUUGUAAAGUGUGCUGUUCCUGUGCCUACUGUAUAACGGUUAUCAAACAGUUUUCUCAGGGGUACAAACUCGGAAAACAAGCGUGACACUGACCACCCACAUCAGAAUCGUGCUUUCUUGCUUUGGUAGGUGUUUCAAACCGUUCCAUUAUUUUUUAGCUCUUAUGCUAGUUUCCCUUAUUGCAGUUGGUUGCCCUAAUAUUUAAAACUUAAAUUUCUAAGACUACAGAUCUAAGAUUUUUUGGAAAUCCAGGGAUUUUUUUGGUGACACAGUGUCAGUUUUAUAAAUAUAUGAGCAAAUUCAAUAUUAUUCAUAAACAUAUAAUUCCAGUGAUUUACUAUUUGAGAUGACUACUAAGCAAUACCUAGUGGCAUUAGCUAUCCAUAUAGUUCUGCUUGGCUCCAGUUUCUCCUGAGAAAACUGUGCCAUUGAACCUGGUCGCCCAGCCAGUGUUGAUCUUUGACGCUUUGUAGCAGAUGUUCCUCUUGAUGAUGCGUCUUAGCAGUUCCUCCCUCUUAAAUGAUCAUUUGUCCAGACUAUUUGAUCUAGUCCUCAAAUCUUUAAAUAUAAAACUAAAAAGAUAAUACUUCUUACAGGAACAAUUACUCAAGGGCUAUUUUAUAUCAAAUGUCAUGAAGUCGAGCCGACUCCAUGGGGAUACCUAUGUUGGAGGUCCAGCAGUCUCUUUGUGAGCUGUCUAGAGUCAUGAGUCCUCAAGCGUCCUCUUCCCACCCUUGGUUUUCAUAAGUGAUGUCUAGAAUGAAUGUUCUCAGAAAAGCAAAAUGAUAAACUAGAAAGUGUAUCUUAUAUUUUCCCUGCCCUCAGGUUGUCUAUGUAUCUUGUCUUUUGAUAGUUAAGGCAAAACUACUUAAACUUGACAUAUGUGAAUAAGUCAAGAUAUGCCUGUUUUUUAUCAUAUGAGGUUCUGUAAUGUAUUUGCACAUAAUGGAUCAGUUGUUUUUUUUCUAGCUCAUGAUGUAUCUUUACAAAAACCCUGUUGUGGGAAAAAGCCACAGGGUGACAAGGGACAAAAUCUGUUUAGGUACUCCGUUUAUGAAUCCUGAUUUUAAUUGCUAGAAUUCAGCUAAAUUCCUGAGCUUCGUGAUCUAUGGACAUGUGGAAUGAAAUGGAAUUAAUUAUGUACACACAUGGUAUAUAAAGCUAUCUAAUAGCUCAUAGAGAUUUUCAGCAAUGGAAAGUUAAUCAGACCAGAGCCAUCCCUAACGGAGCUUGCUCUGUCUUCUUAUUUCUCCUUUUCGGCUCCUUCCCUUAGCUUCCACCCCAGACACUCAGAUCUGGGGCUGCCUACUCUCCCUGCCGAAGCUUGUCAUUACCAUGCGCCUCUUGCCCCCAACUCGUGCCUCAUUCCCUAUUGAAACCUGUGAAUCCUGUACUUCAUCUCUUUAGGCUAGGUGUUGGCUGAAGUGAAAGUUGAUUGGUCUAAACUACACUAGCCCAAGAUAAUGGGAAAAGGCCAGAAGACAUUGUUUGAAUUCUGUCAUCAGUAUCAGCAUUGCAACUGUGACCAUCUGGAUCCAGUGCCCUUUCUAACUCCUAUAAUGACUCAUUUGUUUAGCUAUUGGUGAAUAUUGCUGGGGCUCUUGAGUCAUUUCGCCCUGUCCAGGACUUCAGUGCUUUUCCUGUGUCAAAGGGUUCAGAGUGCCGCUCACCUCUCCCCUGCUCUGGAGUUCCAUACACAGUGAUCAUUAGGUUAAUGAGAAGCAGAGUAAAGCUCUGUUAGUCGGGGCAGGGUCCUUAUAACUUGCUAUAUGCCUAGAAGAAUGUGGUUUAGGUCUGAGGCCAAAGCGAGUUCCUGUCUUUCCCCAUUGAAUUGAAGACAGCCAGACCCACUGUAUAGAUUGGAAGUUAUUACCUGGGCAGGUGGGCACAGCCUUAACACAGGGAGAGAGGAGAGAGGAGUGGAGAUAGAAUGCACCCUUUCUCAUAUAUCUGGUGGUUUGUGGCACUGGAAACACUAUAAUGUGUGCUGUUUGUCAAUGCCGGGACCAUGCGUAAGUGUGAAAGGCCCUCUGAUAGUGGUCAUGCUCUGUCCAGUCAUGGUAGCUCCUCUCCCUGGGGGAGGGGUAACUAGAGGCUAGAUGUGUCCCCUCCAGCCCUUCCUGACUGGGAAAAUAAUUGGGAAAUCCCUCCUUCCUCACUAAAGCCCUAUCAUUGGUUAGAAAACUCUGAAUGUCUGAACUAGAAUUAGGUUCCAUUAUGUUGAAUAGUACUGCAUAGAGGACACAUUUUCACCUCUCUUAUAACGUAGUUCACUUAUAAGCCAAUUUUAAAUCAAGGUUCCUUUGUGAGGAAUGGAGAUUCUGGUGGUCAUGACUACAUUUCUCUUGUGAAUGUCCCUCUUAAAUAAUAUUUAAUAUAAAAAUAUUCUUAGAAGACCUCACUAGGCUUUUGACAUUAGAUAGACCUUGUAUAUUAUGUAUUGCAUGGAUUAGGACCCAUAUACAAUUGAAAUCCUCAGUGUGUUCAACCUGUAGAGGCCUGGAUUUGAGAUGGUGGCCCUGAGUAUCUGGUAGUUGUCGUGUGUUUGUGUGCUUAGGGAAUAGAAGUGCUGCUUUCCUGUAGCUUAGACCCAGGAGCGGCCGUUCAUGAAAGGUAUAAGGGCGGAAGUGUCAGCCUCAUUUUCCAUACCAGCAUUACUUUCACAGCUCAUGGAUCUGAAGGAUUGCAUUUAGAACAUCUGGUCCUAUUGCAUUCUCAGAAACUGUGGUAAAAGUCACAUUCUUAAAACUUCGUGCAGCUUGUGUUCUUGUUGGAAAUUAGUCCUGUCAUUUCUUAAUUGUCUUCAUACCGUCCAUAUUUAAAGAACAUUACCGUCCUCUCUGUAUUUAAAUAAUUAGAUGUAGUUCAGUGAAGAAGACUAAGGAAUUUGAAAUCAAUUUUAUGGUAUUUUGAAAUUGAAAUACUCCCUAACAUGUCAAUAUUCAGAAAAUGUUAUCUCAAAUUUUUCUACUACUCAGGUGCAUAAUCUGAUAAAACUUUUUGUUUGUUUACUUUAAUGUAAUUUUUGCUGUUUUCUGUUUUGAACCUCAUUACAAUUUGUAUGUCUUUUAUAAAAAUUUUUUUCUUAUUUGGAAAGUAUAAACUUGGACAUCUCAAAAGUAAAAUGUGGAAUCAUUGGCUGAUUACAGAGACCAGGCGCCUAGGGGAAGUUCAGUGAGUAAUUUUUUCUUGACUGAGUUCCCUCCUAGAGUGUGCAGAUUCAAUAGAGUUCUCCUAGGAGGUGGACUAUAUCAAGAUCUAGCUUGUGUAGAUCUGAGACUAUUGCCUCGAAGAUUCAAAUCUGCUCUAGCAGUGGCUCCACAGUUUGAGUGAAAACUUGGGGGAGAGACAUGCAAAAGCAUCACUAGAUACCAUCUUUCUUCCUAAUUUUAUGUGUUCAUAGUUUCCUUAUAGUUGAUGGGUAUACAACUUGGGACGUGUUUGUACCAACCAGCAGGCGUUCUAGCAAACCAACAAUACAUUGAUGUGUGAGCUGAAUUGAUUAAGCCCUCAUUCUCUUGAUAAACUGUUUCUUCAGAGCAUUUAUUUGAAACUCGUAUUUCCUGCUGAAACAACGUUUCAUGGUGCCAUGCCCUUAUAUCCAGAAGAAAAUUUUUCACAGAAGAAAAUGAUUUGAGGCCAAACACAACUGGAAAUGCAUCUUUUAGACAUGACCUUAGAGUAUCGUUGGAAAUUAUUUGGUUUGAAUUUGGUCUAUUUAUAUCUUCAUGGAUUAUGUAGCAGGGCUAUUAAUAAUGUUUAAACCUCUUAUCUCACUAGAGUGGUGAGACUUUUUAUUCCUUUUCAAUUAGUGUUUUUGUCUUAACUAUUAUAUGAUCAUAUUCAUGCUAAUUAUAAUACAGAUGAACUGUUUUUAAUGCCAGUAUGAAGGAUUAAGAACAACAUUCAGUUAAUUGAUAUGUCAGGCUUUAUUGUGUGUGGUAAAAUUUCAGGGGAUGUGAUUUGAUCUAGAAUCUGUCCAAAUCCUUAUAAUUAUGAGGUUUAGUUGUGACAGGAUUCUAUUAUUUUUAACCACGAGUAGUGUUUGUUUCUCCCUAUGUUAAGAAUGUUAAUAUUUUGGAUUUUAAGUGUCCAGGUUAUAAGCAGGAUUUACCUAUGCAAGAUAAAAACUGUGCAACAUUUUUAUGAAAAUUAAAAGUAUUGUUUUAAGAGGGAGACCCUCUGAAUGUUUCUAUAUGCAAGUGCCUAGCUGAAGAACCAUAGAAACAAUAAACUUAAAAGCUCUUAAAUAAGUAAACUAUAACUGAUUGAAUAUUAACCAAAUAUAAAGCAGGAAUAACUUACAUUACUUUUUGGUUGCUAUAACUAAUACCCUAAAAACUAAGAGGUGUGAAUAGGGGAAAAAAACGAAUGUUUAAUUGACAUGGAAAUUGAUUUUUAUUACAUUUGCAUCUAUUUUCUAAGAUUGCCAAUUAGAAUUAAAAAAAAAAAACUAACAUAGACCUUAUGGCACUUAAGCCCCAAAUACUUUGUACAAUUGAUUGAAUGGCUCACUUAAAUGUAUUGAAUUUCCUUUUACUCUUAAAAUGUACUUCCUUUUAGAAUUACCCCAUUUUAAAUGGGUAACUUUCAGAUUCUGAACUUAGUAUUUUUCCCAAGCAUUCCAGGGUUGCAUUAUAAAAGAUCAAAAGAUUUCCAGGUAGUAAUACAAUUUUCUUUAAAACAUGGACACUUUAACUGUUAGGUUUAACAUUAAUGUUAGUAUUUUUACAAUAAAUCACAGAAAACAAUAAUGGUUUUCAUUAAAAACUUUUUCAAAUAUUUUAUCCUCAGUUUGAUUGCAAACACUUUCCUCCAUUAUUUGUGAUAUAUCCUUCUGUUUAAUUUUUUCCUUCUAGCAUAAUGUUUAGGAAAAAUAUGAAUACAUUAUAAUUGAAGGCAACACACAAAAAGAAACCCUAUUCAGUUCAUUGUUGUAGAAGGAUAGCUAUUAUAUGAUACGCUGGAGUUUGUUUUAUCCUAUUAUUUUUUCAAAGAGGAGCAUGGCUUUUUCUUAAAUACAUUUCAAUUCAGAAUUGCUUGAAAAAGAUUGGCCUGGAUAGAAAGACAUCCUGUAUUUGGGAUGGCACCACCUUAAAGGUAUGACUAAAGCUAAAAUCAUUUUAAAAUACUCAACUUUCCUAGUUGGAAUGUGUUACCUUUUCUUCUCUUUCAUUUUCUGGCCGUAAGUUAGAGGUCCUUAGAAUGUUAGGAAGUUACCAUUUUUUACUUUCAAAAUUGCAUUCUAGUGAAUUACUGUUUACAAAAUACACAUACUGUGAACAGAUUUCAGUUUUUGUCUUUUAUAAGGUUGUUUGUAGAAUGAGUGUUUUUUUAAAAGGGGAUGUUAUAUGUUAAAUAUUUUCAGUUUUUUAUAAAUACUAGUAACUGUUUACUAAUUUUUGUUUGGUCAGGUGUGUGCAAAUAUAGCCGAAAGAUAGGGAGAAACUGCAGAUCCGAAACUGUUCCCUUUUUCAUUUCUUGAAAUGUUACCACUACAGACUUUUUUUUUUUAACCUGAAUGAUCAGUUGUGAUGUUCUCUACCUAAAAUCAUGCUUAGUCAUAUAAGGAAACCUUUAAAUGUACAUGUACAGGAAGUGAACUGUAGAUUGCAGUAUAUUUGUGUGAUUCAGUCUCGUUCACAGAAUUCUGAGUUUAAUAUGGAAUAAAACAGCUCCACUUACAGAGAUGACAACUGAAGUACUUUCUGCCUUAGGAAAAUUUGGAGAUUAUGUUGCUGUUAGAGUGGAAAAUUUGGACAUUUUAUAUCGUCGUAUAAUUUCAGAAUUUAGUUUCCAUAUCUUUUGGAAAACAUGGUUAUAGCAAGAACAUAGAAUAGAGGUAACCUGUUACUAAGACACCUAAAAUGUAAAACUAGUAUGCUUGGCUGUUAACUUUAAAGAUGUUACUUAUGUUUGUUUUUAAAACAUGCAUGUAUUUAACAAUUUUAUCAUAGUAUUGUCAUGAAAAAAAUAAAUAUAUUUUCUUACAACUUA